AUGCGUGCGGCCGCGGAAAAUGCCUCUCACGCCUCAGCAGGCGAUUCGUCGCCUGUUGUCGUGAAUCCUUCACGUGGUGAGUCACCACGUGCGACAGGUACAUCCGUUGCGUCUGCAGCGGGUACCUCGGGUCGUAAUCAAGACAAGUCUGAGAUAGAGAUCAUCUAUUCUGGCGAGUCGGAUGAUGCAUCCGACUCGAAGGCGACACCUCACGCCUCGGGAUCACCCGGGGCUGACACUGCAAGUGCCAGGCUGACUGGCUCUGGUCAGCGUGGCAGCAUCAUGACCGAGAUCUUCGGAUCGAGCAAUUUUUCCGACGAAUACUUGCCCCACGCAAGUCAAUCCAACGAUAGGACGCGUGGAGAUGUGCUCAUGCUGGCACCAAUCAAGAGGCCAGGGACCGAAAUGUCCUGCGCCACGCUCCUCAAGUGGAGUCUCGAUGGAUGCCACCAUCCAGAGAGUUUGGAUCGGCUGGCCGGCACGACUACCAAACGGGAUCAAAUCCCGUCGUUUGAUUUCCGGAAGAUUUGCCCACCUGAUUCCAGCACGGAAACUAUCCGUGCUGUGGAAGAGUUCUUCACCGAUGCGUUCUUCAAACAUCGGUGGUACUAUGGUAGCCCUGUUCGGGACGGCAAAGCCUUGGUGCAGGUAUGGAAUGCCUUCAUCCACAACAUCGAGUGUCUUGGCCGUGAAGCUUGGCUCGAAAAACUUGAUGCAGCUUGCAUCAGGUUCGAGAAACGCAACCUAGUCGGGGCGCGAUACAAGUCGCACCGGCUUUCAAGAGAGGAAGGAUUACCCUGUCUCUCGUGGGGUGCUUCGUUUCCAGGUUGCAUGGACAACUCGAUCCGUGCCCCUAGGGAAGCCUCCCUCCCUAAUGAUCCCUACUGGAGGGCGCGCAUCUCUUCCGAGAUUGCCGAAAGAGUCGACACUUUGCAAUCCCUGUACUUGCGUUCGGGGAGGUCGUUUUCCGACGGCCCUUCUUCGAACGCAGCGGGUGGGUCUCGUCGUACUGCUCGACGAGACCAAGGACAUCAACAAUCAGCUGAGCACGAGGCUCGCAGCUAUCUCAGGCCGGUGGAUAGCCACGCCAGCGUACGAGGUAACUCGUCGGGACGCCAUUCACAUCGCGGUGGUUCAAAAUAG